AUGCCGGUUCCUUUGCCAGAUGCAGAUUCCAUACCCUCAAGUGGGGAAGAAUGCUCGCCAGAACUCCCAGAUGUGGAUGAGCCCCAAGAAGAUCCUGAAUUACCUGACGGUGUUUGCUGCAAAAUGGGUUGCUUAGAAGCAAUCCAGGAAUCACCUCAAGCCUCCAAAGGCAUCAAAGAACUUCAGAUGCUUUUUGACACGACAGACUCUCAAGCUGAGCUAGAUCAAUUGAAGUAUGAUUGCUUGCGGCACUGGCAAAGUGCAGAGCAUGGAUGGAGGCGUUUCUGCAUCUUUGGUCUGCCAUGCUGCGUCCGCGCAGUGCAAGAUCUCCUCAAGGUCUCCAGGAAUGUUCAAGUGAAGUGGUGCAAGCACCUCCAAGAGGGGAAUCGUUUACCGCCAGCUGACCAGCGCAAUACCAAGACCAAUACAAAAUUGUCGCCACAAGUUGCUGCGGCGCAUGCGCUUUUGGCCUGGCUGUGGAACAACGUUGCCGAGGUUUUGGUCGAGUCUUCUGACUACAAGGGGGCCAUGGAUGUGAAGCACUAUGAUGUCAAAAAGGCAGAGGCCAAACUGCCCAAGUUGGACAAGUCGCUGCUCCAGCCCACACAUGGCACGUCCGGAUUUUUAGAUCCGCCUGCUGGUGUUCAAGGCGUUCGGUGGUUAAGCCCAGAGACAACCCUGGUGGAGAUGUACGACACUUGCGUUGCCUUCAAUGACGAGAAGUGCGCUGAGUGCAGCAAGCUGAAGGAAUUCAGGAAGCUUGCCACUAGCCCUCAAGAUGUUGAGCGCGUCAACCAGGCCUAUGCCCAGCAUCUACGAAGCAUGUUCCAGGAUCGUGUUGCAGAUGCCACCCUCUGCAAGAAAGCGCAGGAGACAGCCAGGGGCGAGAUCAACUCAAAGGAGAUUCUUGGCAGUGCAGAGUUUUAA